AUGUCCGAUAGCGUUGAUCGCGUGUUUGUUAAAGCAAUCUCCACCAUUAGAGCCUUAUCGUCGCGCUCUAAUUAUGGCUCAUUACCUCGUCCGCCUGCAGAAAGCCGAAUUAAGCUCUACGGAUUAUACAAGCAAGCCACAGAAGGAGAUGUGAGGGGGGUUAUGCCUCGUCCUGUGGGUUUCUCCCCUGAAGAUGAAGGAGCAAAAAAGAAAUGGGACGCAUGGAAGCGUGAAGAAGGUCUACCAAAAACAGAGGCGAAGAAACGAUAUAUUGCCUUUUUGAUAGAAACUAUGAAAGUAUAUGCCAGUGGUACACAUGAAGCGCGGGAGUUGUUAAACGAAUUGGAAUACCUCUGGGACCAAAUUAAGGGUUUACCUGUAUCGGACGAUGAAAAUGACAACAAUCUCCAAUUUCCAUCCAAUGCGCCGCUGUUUAGUCAUACAGACAGACUUUCAAAUAGAACACCAAGUAUUGGCGGCUACGGUUCAAGGGGAGGGGGUCCCGGUUCAACAGUGGGGCUGAAUUUGAAUGCCAUAUACUCGCAUUCUAGAAAAAACACCAUGUCAUUGAAUGAUUAUGUACAUCAACAGAGGUUACAAAGUCAGCAUCCACAACCACUCACUGGACAUUCAACCCAGCCGCAUAUUCAAUAUGAAACUGGCUCUCAGAAGGCAGGAUAUGUUGGCCCUGGAUCAAUAUACUCGGUUCCAGUAGGCGAAGUUGGCUCUAGCAACGUUGCUGAUGAUUUUAAAAACUGGCAGAGCGAAGUAAAUGCUAUUAUCAAUCGACUCACUAGAGAGUUUGUUAACAGCAGAAGAAGAAAUCAAGAACAUAUUCCCAAUGAAGAAGAGGAACCUGAACUACCAUUGGAUGAUUUUGAAAUCAAGAAAAGGAAGAUAAUAGCUCUUUUGAAAAUUGUUGGACUUAAUGCAUGGAAAUUUUUAAAGAAUUUUGCUGUCAGUUUAUUCACCAUUUUGUUUAUUGUGUGGUGUGUAAAGAAAAAUGUUGUUGUGAAGCGAACUUUUACCAAACAAGAGACUGUCAAUGGCAAAGCCAAGAAAGAAAUGAUUAUUAAUAUGGUUUUGAACACUGAUGAAAAUAGAUGGUUCAUCAGGUUGUUGAAUUUUGUCAACAGUUUUGUUGGAUUUGUAUAA